UACUGAAACAGCGCCGCAUACUCGAUGUGUGUACCGAUGUGCUUUUAGAUUCCUUAGCUAAUUUUGUUCUGUUGAGAAUUACGCUACAAAAUAACUGUCGCACUAUUAAUUAGGUGACAGGUGUUUCAUGAGUAUCUAGUGUGUGUAAAGCAAACCUCCUCAUUAGUCUACCGAAGGAGAGCUCACUACCAAGAUUUAAUUUCGGAGGUACAGAAAAAUCACCGCGACUGGAGGAAGACUCUGGUGGGGGAAAUCAUGUGGACUGUACCGUUCAUCUUUCUUGUGGCUGCGGUGACGUCUUAUGUGCUCGUACCAACAGAAACAUCACUCGUUCUAAGUGAAUUCCCAGUAAAUAAAACCAGUGUCUCAGCUUUGUUCACAAUUCUAUCAGUGGUCACAUUCAUCAGGGAUUUCAUGGAACACAGACAAAAACCACCAAGAGAAAUUGAAAAGACAUCGCCUCCCUCUACAGCCCAACCUCAAACCUCAACCCCAUUGCCUCCAAAGAGGUGUAUGCGAGGCGUCAUAAUACAGAGCUAUGGUGAAGACAGCAUCAGUGUGAGUAACGAGGUAGCUCGUCCUGAGGUUACUUACGUUGAUGAGGUGUUAGUACGAGUUCAUGCAGCUUCCGUUAACCCUCUCGACAUAAAGAUCAGCACAGGGAUUGGACAGGAACUUUGCAAUAGCAUGAGGUCUAUGAAAGGAAUGCCUGCAGGAGGUGGCAGGGAGUUUCCCAUUAUUCUUGGAAGAGAUUUUUCAGGAGUAGUGGAGCGUGUUGGGUCAAAGGUCACAAAGUUCAAAGUGGGAGAUGAAGUGUGGGCCACUCUACCAUUCUACCAUCGUGAAGGCAGUAUGGGUGACUACAUUGUCGUAACGGAGGAAUUUCUCUCUAAGAAGCCAAGAAACAUCAGCCAUGAGGAAGCUGCAGCAUUGCCUAAUGUGGGAACUUGUGUCUGGUGCUCAUUGGUUCUCACUGCUGUCAUUGGAUCAAAGAGAACUAAACAACAAAGGGUUUUAAUUACUGGCGGCACAGGAGGGGUCGGAACAUUUGCAACUCAGCUCAUCAAGGCAUGGGGAGGUCAUGUGACAGCCACUUGUCAAGACGCACAUGGAGUGAAACUUCUUAGUGAUCUUGGAGCAGAUUAUGUCAUCAACAUCUCAGAGGUUGAUUUAGAGACUUCUCUUAUCGACAAACCAAAGUUUGACGUAAUAAUUGACACCGUAGGUCCUUCAGUUCGGCAGGCAUGUUUUAAACUGUGUGAUAAAAAGAGUUUCUUUGUCAGCAUGGUGUCCCCUUCCCUUGAAAACGCUGAUAAGUAUGGAGUGAUGGUCGGAGCUUUUUUGACCAACUUCUCGAAAAUGAAACAGUCUUGGGCCAACAGAUGUGACUUUCGAUGGGGUUUUACUCUACCUGAAGGGAAGAUCCUUGACAGAAUAACAAAAUAUGUCGAGGCAAAGAAGAUAAAACCGGUUAUAGACCAAGUGUACAAAGUGGAGGAAGCCAAAAAAGCAUUUCGACAUGUAGAGACUGGCCCAACGAAGGGGAAAACGGUCGUCACAUUUGAAUAACCUUAACCUAAUUUCACAAGGUAGAAAAGUUGAACAAGAGACUAUUUUCACUAAUUGUGUUCUGGCUGCGACUUUAUUCAUAAGAAAGUCUACUUGUACAUCUCAACCUGUGACCUGAUUUGAACGACGGAGAAGUGUAAAGGCUCACGGUCCACACUAUUCGAGUUGAAUCCAUGCAAUAUUUUUCCUGGCAUUUUUACAAAGCUCAACAGAUUUGAGUAAUUCCUUUGUCAAGUUCCUAUUAACAAGCUUUUGAUGAAAUUUUAUGUUGAAAUAAAGGACUCGAAUACAUGUACAACUCAGGACUGUGACUUUAUCAAGUGAUUUUUUAGAAAUGUUUGUCUUUUGUUAGAAGGGUUAUUUUUUAUUUGUUCCAUUGUUUUAUCAGCCCUUGAAGAUUGCACAGAAUUUGUUCCAUAUGGACCAAGACCUUAAAUUUCACUUAGACUUGGUGAAAGACGAUGUGGUUCCUUAUCACUCGACUAUAAUUUCCUAUAACUUGUGCCAUGCAUACCACCGG